GAUCUCUGAUUGGUUAAUACAUGUCCAAUCACAGUUUAGAAUUCCCAACGGCAUACAACUGUUUAUUUGUUCUAUCAGAUAAGGAUUUUCAUUGAGAACUUGGUGCAAUGGGGGAGAACAAAUCAAUAUAUAAACAUCAAUUAUAAAUCUUGGUGAUAAAUUAAAUCUAAAUAGUGAUAAGGUAUUAAAAGAUUUAACAGAUUAUGUGUCAGAAUCAAGUAUGUGGAGUUACGACUACGUUAAGCGAGCAAGUAUAAUCACUUCAGCAUGUCAAUGGUGGCAAAGUAUUUGCCAAAAAUCUUCGUUGAGCAAAAUAGCUGUGGCUAUAUUGACUUUACCUGCAACAUCAGCUGCAACCGAGCGUUCCUUUAGUACACAAGGAUGGAUUCAUUCAUCUAAAAGAAAUAAGUUAAGUAUCGAUAGAGCUGGAAAAAUAACAUACAUUGCAAGAAAUUUAAAAUUACUUAAUCCUUCACCAAAAAAUACAGAAGAAGAAUGGGAAGAAGAUGAGGAAAGUAAUAAAGGAGAGGAUGAAAUAAGUGAAAUUUGUGCUGAGCAUGAAGAAGUUGAAUUUUUAGAAGAAGAAUUUACUCAAGACUAAUUAGUGAUGUUGAUGGAAUUGAAUCAGUAUUAGACUUGUUAUUUCCUAAUGAAAUAUGUCAAUUAUUA